AUGGAAACCCCCACCCCCAUAAUCCCCUUCACCAUAUUUGUUGCAAAUCUCACUUUUGACACAAUAGAAGAUGAUCUGCUUCACAUUUUCAGAAGAUUUGGGAAAUUGACGGGAGUGUUCAUACCACGGGAUGGUAGCCGCUUCAAAUCUCGGGGUUUCGCCUUCAUUCGAUUUCAGUAUGAACAGGAAGCCUACAACACGGUGCUAUGUAUAAAUGGGAGAAGAAUCGAUGUUAGAUUCGUCUCCAUCACCAGAGCCAAGAACCAGAAGGGAAGUUCCAAUGCAGAGAGGACGCAUUAUCCUCAGCCGAACCCCCUCAAAUUUAGACAGAAAACCUACUUGGAGAAAGUUAAAGAAUCUCUUCCCAAAGGCCCGAGCACAUCCAAAGGAACUGAGAAAUCUCAUCAAACCUAG